AUGGCAGAAACUAGUCAAACUGAUGAUGAAAUGGAAUACAAUGUUGCUAUUAGUCAGACUAAGAGGGUCUCAGGAGAAUUAAAGGGACUGGAACAAGAAUUCCAAAGAGUUCCAAGUAUAAGUGUGAUGACACAGGUUCCAGAGAGUGUUGCCAUGAGUCAAGCUCCCCUCCAUCUUCUCCAAAUGUUACCUGUCGAUAGAGCCAAUCUUUCCUCUGCUCAAGGCUUUUUGUCAGUUAUCCAGUCUUCUACUAACAUGGCUUACCACAGGAUCAUGGGUGUGCUAGGUCAAAGUUUCAGACCUGCAUUGUGUGGCAUCUCUCUUCCUCAACAUGACGACAUAAGACACAGCGCUUCCAGUUUCGACACAGCAAUAGAAGCAAGUUCAGAGGAGAUUACUGUUGUGGAUGCAGCUUCAUUGAGACGACAGAUACUCAAGCUGAAUAGACGAUUGCAACAUCUAGAGGAGGAGAACAAAGAACGAGCCAAAAAGGAAACGGUCAUGUACUCAAUUACUGUAGCCUUCUGGCUGCUAAACAUCUGGCUUUGGUUGCGUCGCUAGAGGUAGCCUCAGCACUCAAAAGUAAUGUCUUGUCAGCUAGGAAUAUAGAGCUUGCAACCUUC